AUGAGGGAUCGCACAACUCAAGGGCCAGUUGAGAAAGCAAAUGGUGGUAAGGUGUCCAUACUCUUGGAGGAAUUGAAGGAUGCAUAUGGCCUUGAGUAUGCUUUCCGAAACAUUGAUAUAAGAAACAAUGAACAAAAAGAACCAUGGUUUUUAAAGAUCAACCCUAACGGUCGUAUCCCAGCCCUUGUUGACCCAUCACGCGACGGAUUCAUUGUAUUUGAAUCUGCUGCUAUUGUUCUUUACCUCGCACAGGCAAGCAUUGCUUUCAAAGUCACAACUUCUAGUUACGACCCCAUAACCGAGCCGGAUUCCUAUUCUGAACAGCUUCAGUGGAUCUUCUUCACUCACGGUGGUAUCGGGCCAAUGCAAGGGCAAGCCGGGCACUUUUACCGGUUCGCGCCAGAACAGAUUCCAUAUGCCUUAGAUCGCUACGUCAACGAGGUUAAGCGUCUCUACUCAGUCCUCAACGAGCGCCUUUCUGGCCGUGAGUAUCUUGUAGGACCCGGAAAAGGUCGAUAUGGAUUGGCAGACAUAAAUGCUUUCCCUUGGAUCCGAGCACAUCGCUGGGCAGGUGUUGAGAAUCUGAACGACUACCCCCACAUUCAAGCCUGGUUGGAUCGAAUUUACGAGCGACCACAAGCCAAGAGGGGUUUAGACGUACCAGAUCCCACACGAGCGAACAUGACUAAGGAGGAGGAGGAAAAGCUUAUAGCAAGCGUCCAGCAGUGGAUGUUUGGUCCUAAAGGGCGUGCUUCAGGAUACACUGCACUUCGGAGCGUACUACCCAAGCUUCUGCGACUUGCAGCAGCCGAUCCGGGUCUGAUGAUUCAAGAGCCGAAUGGUAGCCUGGUUAUCUCUUUGCCCCGUAUGCUUUAUGCACUUCGACCCGAGCUCAUACGGUUCUCCUACUUUGAUACGGUCUCAUCGUUUCUACUCGGAGUACCACCUCUAGUAGAAUAUGGAUACGAUAGCGAAUAUGACAUGAACCCCGAGUGUGAGAGCCGUGGGCAUGAGUGGGUACACGGAACUCCGGCCGUGUUACUCCAAGUUAUUGCACAGGUCAACUCGUGGAGAGCUAGCUCCCGAGUUCAUCUGGAUCACUGGCAUGCUCUCGAGCAGCGCGUCCUGUCCUGGACAUCACGAUAUGCUAUGCUAAACGACAGCGCCAUUGCCGAGAGCGCUACUUGCCUUAGGGCUGCUGUACAGGAGGGCUGGAAACAUGUGGUGCUGAUAUAUAUCUACAUGGGUAUACGCGGAGUUUCAUCACACGACUCGCGGGUGCAAGCGUCAGUAGAUCGGAUAUUCGAAAUUGCAGAAGUAGUUGGCAGCUCGCAGAGCGGUGUGCACAUGUUUUCUCACUACGUUGUGGCUGGUCUGGCGGCUAGGUUGGAAAGUCAACGGAUUGCUGUGUACGAGAAGUUGCUUUCUUUCACGGACGGGCGUGUUUGGCUCUUUUCAGGACCGGAGUUUGGCUUCUUGCUUCGGCGCUUUUGGCAUGGGGCGGGAGCAGGAGGGGCGGCUGUAACGUGGGAUGAUUAUGUUCGAGCAAUGUCCGCGAGCGUUUUCAAAUCAGUCUGA